AUGUCUCCUAACGUGUUCAAGAGGAACGGAAUCAGAUCGGUUUCGAGGAUGGAGGAGACGUUCUGGUGGUGGAUUGAGAGGAAUGUGAUUGCACCGGAGGCGGCGCCGAUGAUCGGUUUGUUUGAGUCUAAUGCGCUUAAACCGAGGAAAUUCGCGACGAUUGCUUCGGUUGUUGCUUGGUUUGGUGGUUUUGAUGAUUCGAUUAGCUUUAGCAUUUUGUGA